AUGGCGGCCACGGACCAUUCCCGCUCCGAAGCUGCCAAACAGCGACGGCAGGAUCAGCUCCAGCGAUGGCUGGGCUCGGAGACGGACCGGACGGGGUCGGAGGGCCGGAAAAGCACGGGAAGUUCUGGGACGCGGCGGGCUAAAGUGCAGUUCGCACAGGGCGCCGUGUUUAUGGCCGCCUGCUCCGCCGGAGACCGGGAGGAGGUGGCGGCGCUGCUCCGACAAGGAGCCGACAUCAACCACGCCAACGUAGACGGGCUGACAGCGCUGCACCAGGCGUGCAUCGAUGAAAAUGCAGAAAUGGUGCAGUUCCUGGUGGAGAACGGGAGCGACGUGAACAGAGGGGACAAUGAGGGCUGGACGCCUCUGCACGCUGCGGCCUCCUGCGGCUUCAUCCAGAUCACCAAAUAUCUGAUCGAGCACGGUGCUAACGUUGGUGCAGUUAACAGUGAAGGAGAGCUCCCUCUGGAUGUGGCCACUGAAGAUGCCAUGGAGAGGCUUCUGAAAGCUGAGAUCAAGAAACAAGGGAUAGAUGUGGAUAAAGCCCGAAAGGAGGAGGAGAGGAUCAUGCUCCAGGAUGCCAGGGCGCUGCUGGAAGGAGGCGGCUCCUUGACGCCUCACCCCAACACCAAGGCGACCGCCCUGCAUGUCGCCGCAGCCAAAGGUUACAUCGAAGUCUUGAAGGUGCUGUUACAGUGCAGGGUGGAUGUGGACUGCAGAGACGUAGACGGCUGGACGCCUCUGCAUGCAGCAGCUCACUGGGGACAGGAGGAGGUGUGCACCCUGCUCGCUGACCACAUGUGCGACAUGGCCGCCGUUAACAACGUGGGGCAAACGCCUCUAGACGUUGCAGACGAGAACCUGGUGGACGCCCUGGAGGAGCUGCAGAAGAAACAGAACGCUUUACGCAGCGAGAGACAGAAACAGAGUCCUGUUAUUGAGACCAAUCAACCAAUCUCCAUGGUACCAGUCCGCACUCGCAGGACAUCUAUCUCUCGCAUGAGCAGCAAGGAGAAGAUAGGCAUCCAUGAGCGGGAGAAGCACCCGCCUCCUGCCCUGCCCAGUAGUCCGGCCGAGGAUGAUGAGGAGGAAGGCCAUACGGGGCAGAGCCAGGCGAAGUCCUCCAGCAGCUCCAGCUCAGAGGAGGAGAGCGAGUCGGAGAGCGACGCCGAGUCCGAGAAAGCUAAAAAUAGAGAAAUCAUAAACAACUUAAACAACAAGCGAAACACCAGCAGCAUGCUGUCUACCUCCAUGUCGGGGAGUACCACUGCAAGCCAGGGGAAAAAGGAACCAAGUAAUCCUCCGGCCACCGAGUCUCCGGGCUCAUGGAGGACGUCCCUGAGGAAGGCGGGCAGCUCGGUGACCCUGGGCUCAGCUGGGCUCUCAGACUCCAUCCAGGACCCAAGCAGGGCCACAGAGUCUGGACUCAGAAUGAACCGCUCCGCCUCCAGCCCGCGCCUCAGCUCUGAGGCCAACACCAAGGAGCCAAGGCUCGCUCGUGUGCCGCCAACUCCGACACGGAGACUCUUCAGUAUUCCAGAUAACAGCUCUGACGGCUCCAGCAGCUGGCUAAGCCGUAGCUCGUCUUACACUCGGCGACUUCAUAGUCAGUUAGGGAAUGAGUUCACUAGCUCCACGCCAUCUUUGCUGCACAGCUCGUCUUACACGAAGAGACUGGAUGACGCCAACUUGACCUCAUCAAGUACAGGAACCAGCUCUGCUGGACUCAGCCGCCUUAAUAGUCUGUUAGCUCAGAGGAAUCCUCAGGAACAGAUGGAGAAGAAAGAGCCGCCGUCCACCAACACCUCCGUUUCUCAAAGCUUGACGACAGGCGACCAGGAGGGCAAACAGAGGCGCAAGUCGUAUCUGACUCCCGUACGAGACGAGGAAGCAGAGGCCCAGAGGAAAGCCCGCUCCCGCCACGCCAGGCAGUCCCGACGCUCCACCCAGGGGGUUACACUGACAGACUUGCAGGAAGCAGAGAAAACGAUCAAAACCACAAAGACGGAGGGCAAAGGGAGAGAAAAGAACGAGGAAGAAGAGAAGGAAGCCAAACAGAAGAAGGCAGACGAAGGGGAAGUCAGCUGGAGAUCUCGUAUAGCCAGCCUGCAGAAGUCAGACCUGCUGGGUCUGACGCAGCCUGCCGGCUCUGCUCGCCCCGAGGCAUCUGAAAGGAAAGAUGUUGAGUCCAUUACAGGAGAGAGCGAGACUGAAAGAUGGGACAGAGAGCGCAGGGAGAGGCGUCAGGCUCGGGCCAGGAGGAAGGCGCAGCGGAGCGGAGAGGGCGAAGACGUCCAGCCCGCCGCAGAGGAGGAGUUCUCAGGGAGUGGGCCGGAUCCACAGAAAGACAAAGACACCAGUUCAAGGUUGGACAGCUUGUAUAACAGCCGCACCCAGAGAGAGGGAUCAGAGGCUAAAGAUUAUAAAAAGCUGUUUGAGGAGGUGUCGAGGGAAAACAGUCAGCUCCAGUCGCAGCUGCAGGACACCCAGAGGAUCAUCAGCCAGACUCGGCUGGAGGUGGAGAAGGCGGCGCAGAGACAAGAGCGCCUCACCGACUGCUCAGCGCUGCUGGAGCUAGAGAGGAAGGACCGGAGGAUGUUGGAGCGGCGCAUGGCAGAGCUGGAGGAGGAGCUAAAGGUGAACCAUUCCUCUCAGCAGUCUGAGGGACAGAAAUGAGUCUGUGCUGCUGGAGGAGCACAUCUGGGGCAAAGCUGCGUGAGACCUGAGGCCUUCUGGCUCAAGUUAAGCAUCUGUUUGGCCCAUCUGAGAGCAGAGAUGGACCAACUGUCCUGGAUGCUGGGAGAGCUGACAGCAGCGAAGCUCCUAAAAAGGAAGAGCCGAGGCGCUCUCUGUAAAUAUCCCUCAGGUCUGAGAAAGGCCUAGGAAGGGAGCUGGAGAGGAAGAGGGAAGCGGAUGGAUUGCAGCCUUAUAUGGACACAGUGCUGCUGUUCCCAUGGUCUGUGGCUCUGACAACCGGCAGGAUGCCAGAAGCUGCACAGAACGGCUCCCUGGCGCCACCUAGAGUUUCAGCUCAUGUAUUGCUUUUAUCCGGCUGGGAAAAUGGAAACAUUCGCAUUUUCAUCCAUUUUCUUAAAUUUAUAACUAAUGGUUUCAGAUUUAACUUUGCGUCAUCUUGAAAAACU